AUGGCAGCCCCUGCUCUUGCACCAAUUGGCCAGGAACUUCACAUCGAAAAUGAUGUCCAGCUCCAGUUGGUUCUGUCAAUAUUCCUACUCACCUAUGCCAUUGGGCCGUUCGUCCUAUCCCCGUGCUCAGAAGUAUGGGGCCGAUCGUGGAUAGUGAGGAUUGGAAACUUGAUUUUCAUCCUGUUUACGGCUCUCUGCGGGUUUGCUACGUCAAAAGAACAAAUCAUCGCGUUCCGCUUCUUUGCCGGCAUUGGCGGAAGCGUUACCAUAGGAAUGGGAAGUGGAGUGUUGGCGGAUUGCUGGAAGCCUGAAGAGCGAGGCAAAGGCAUUGCCUUCAUGCAAUUUGCACCGAUCUUGGGCUUGGCUCUCGGACCAAUUGCUGGCGGCUACAUCUCCCAGUAUACCUCAUGGCGUUGGGCCUUCCGGUCCGUCGCUAUCCUAAACGUUUGCGUGCAGCUUGUGGCGUUCCUCUUCCUCCGAGAGACCUACGGCCCACGCCUCCUUCUUCUCAAAGCCAGGAAAAUCCGCAAAGAGACCGGAAACCCAGAUUUCCAGACGAAGUGGGAGAAGGAGCAGCGCAGUCUUUCCAAAAUCCUUCGAAUUAGCCUGGUACGGCCGUGGGCCAUGCUUGCUACGCAACCCAUCAUCCAGAGCCUGGCCGCACUUCAAGCCUUCAACUUUGGCAUGCUGUAUCUCAUCAUCUCUAGUUUUCCACAACUGUGGGAAGAGCAUUACAGCUUCGAAAAGGGCCUGGCCAGUCUGAACUACAUCUCCAUCGCAACGGGGUCCCUGAUUGGAGUCCUGAUCUGUGCUCCUGCCAUGGACGCCGUCUACCAAAGGCUCAAGCACCGUUAUGGCAUCGAGGAAGGCCAGUCAGGACUUCCUGAAUUCCGCAUCCCGUUGAUGAUUCCAUUCUCACUCCUCUCGCCUUUUGGAAUCUUGUUGUUUGCGUGGUCCGCCCAGAUGAAGAUGCACUUUUUGAUUCCGAAUAUUGGUAUCGCGAUAACUAUUGGAAGCAGUAUGGUCUCCUACCAAUGUGUUUCUGCAUACAUUGCCGAUUCAUAUCCGCUACACAGCGCAUCUGCCUCCGCCGCUUGUUCUUUUGUGAGAUCAAUGUGUGCAUUUGCCUUUCCGUUGUUCGUGCCAGCUCUAUUUGGAAACCUGGGCUACGGAAUCGGCGGAAGUGUGCUAGCCGUUAUUGCUGUUGUUGUAGGCAUUCCGGCUCCAAUUCUUCUGUGGCUGUACGGCGCGAAGUUGAGGGCUAUGAGCCGCUUCGGUUCGUAG